AUUAUUUUGUAACGUAUUCAUUCGUUUAUUUUAAGAUUUUCAAACAUUAUUUAUAUGAAGUAUUAGAUUUUCCAUCAUUUGAUCAAUAAUGUCGUUGCUACGGCAUAAUAUGUUGUACAGAAAAUAGUAUUGAGAUUCGUUGACAAUUCAAAACGUUAUAAAAACUAAAAAUGGUGACUUGUUACCAGAAACACCCGUUCGAAAUAGAAACGGAGGACAAGCUAACGACUAUAAAUUCGAAAAUCUUUGAAAUCAAAAAGAAAAUCCAACUAUCAGAGGGUCAAAGGAAAUCUCACUAUGAGGAAAACGAAGCCGAGAAAAAGCAGAACAGCGAUCUAAUAGACACGCUUAAGAAGGAGGUACGACUGAGGCUAGCGGAACUGGCCCAGGCGAGGCAGGUGGUAGGCGACGAGGAGGCCCAAAUCAAGAAAUUCCUCAACGACGUCUGCCCUAUAGGCAAUAAAACUGCUGAUAAACUGAUACACAAUCUCGACUUAAAAGUAAUCGAACAACGAAAGAUGUUAGAUUUACUUAAAUACGAAAAGGGAAGUAAAAAGAAGAGGCUUCGGAAUCUCGAGAAAGAGUACGAGACGUUGCUCAUCGAAAGCACUAAGAGCGAUUUAGUUAAAUCGAAAAUAACGACGAGAGCAAGAAAGAAUGUAUCUCAUCUCGAAAACGAAAUACACAAAGUCCUAAUACAAUGGACCGAAGCGGAACUGGUUAAGAAAAAAUAUUUUUCGAUAAGACAGGCCCUUGUCGAAGAUUCAGUGAAAUUCGAAAGUUCCCUUUCGCGUAUAGAGGAUCUAUUAAAAAAACAAAAUGAGGAAAUAAAAAAAUUAGAGGUGGUGCGCGAGGAGGCGGCGGAGAUGCGCGUGCGUGCGUCGUGCGCGUCGGCGGCGGAGGCAGCGCGCGCGCACGGCGCCGAGCACGGCCGCGUGGCUGAGCGCGCCUUCUACGCGCAGAGGUUCGAGGAGCGCCAGAGGGAGCUCGAGAAGCUGGAGAAGAGGAUAUUUCCGCCGGCGACCCGACCUGUACGACAAGAGUCAGCUAGAUCUACUGAAGGGGAUGCUGUCACAGAAGAGCAGUCAGCCGCUGCGCAGAUGGAAGAAAUGUUUCAGAGACUCAUGAAACUGACAGGAGUAAACGAAGCCGAGGAAGUCUUCGAUAGAUUCAGAGCUCAGAGAGAAACAUCCAAGAGGUUAAAUUAUCUACAACAAACAACAGAAGAGGAAAAACUGCAACUAGAACAAACGCAGACAUCACUCAUGGCUGAGCUGGAAGGAUACAAGUUUGCAUCAGUAAAAGACAAGGACGAGGGUCAAGAGGAAAUAACAGAACUCAAAGCUAAAAUAGACGAAGAAGAGAAAAAUUACCGAGAACUGCAAGAGAAGUUUGACAAUUUGGAAACGUUCCUGUUGGAAAUCAAGAGAUUGCUUUAUGAUUUAUGUAAACUGUUAGAUGUGAUCGGUGAGCCAGCGCUGCCGGAGUGGACGGCUGAAGCGCGAGACGUCUCGGCCACGCUGUCGGCGCUCGCGCAUCGCUACGCACAGGCACGCGCGCGCGCGGACACGCUCGCACGCACACACGCGCACACCGUCGCCGGCGCUUCCAACACAACAAGCGGCGCUCCCUCUGUGACAGGCGUGAGCGCUCGCAGUCCGAGUACGCUGAAGGAGUCUGAGAAAAUCCUACCCACUUACAAGGAGCUGGUCACCAGAGAACCGGUCAAGGCUCCGCCUUCCGACGAAGAAGAGGACAUACCAUCUCGGUGCUACUUGAAGCGACAAGCUCAAUUAAUCGUUGACACUAAGUGCAGAAGGAAAGGCUUCCGAACGCCUUAUCCUAGAAAAUGAACGUUUAACUUUUUUAAAUUACUAAUUAUUAGGCGUAUUUUUAAAUAUUUGAAUAUUAUAUAACACCU